CACUAGUUUAGUCAAGUUUCUGAGUUGGUGAAGUGUUGACGCUUGUAGCAAUCGUGGCUCAAGUUUGUUUACUUUUGUAAGGGAACCGAACUAUGGAACUGACAUAAAUGGAUUGUUUGACUGUGAUGUGAUUGGAGCAGUGUUAAACCUUGCUGUUAUAAUAUAUUUUUGUUAAUAAUGGAGACGAGGAGAAUAUUUUGGACAGUAUUUUUGGGAGUUUUAUGCAAAGCGGAGGCGGGGUUGAUGGGCGAUCAGUGCGACUGGACUGGCAGUGGUCUGACUGCCACGACGGAGCGCGGCGUGACUCCCGUGUACCUCCGAUGUCGGGAGGGCAGCAUCUCGUGGGUGUAUCCUCGCGGAGCUCUGAGACUGCUGUUCCGACCGCCCCUGCCGGCUGAUGAGCGCGACUUCAAGGUCUGCGUGAGGGUCAUCCGGCGACCAGACCCGCCAGACCUAUUCCACACGCUGCGGCUAAAUGAUACAGAAGUCGCGGAGCGGUUUCCAGCGCGCCUAUUUGUGGAGGGCGCUCGCCGCUUAGUUCCUUUGUAUGCACCCAAUGAUGGUGAUCCGAGGGAACUGCGGUGCUUCCGAAGCCGGCACGGUCGUGCUGCGCUUUAUGUUGAGGCUGAACCAGAAGAUGGGCCCCAAAGAAGAAAAGCUACGUUCAAAUAUGAAGCCAGGCCGUUAGCCCGGAGACAUUAUGACCCUGCCACCGCGGAUUGCAGACCUUGCACGGAGUCCGAACUAGAACUCGCUUUCUGCACUAGCGACCUCGUGUCACGAGGUGUGAUCGUGAUGAGCGAGGCUCGCCAAGACUUGGACACGACGCAACUGACGCUGCGGCUGACCAAGCUCAUCCGGGCCACGGCUGGGGAGCCUGACAAGCCGGAGUUAGCUGAAGAUGACGAUUAUUAUAGGUAUGACGUGGACAACACGUUAGAGCGGACCACACAUAGGAACCAUAAGCGACGGAAAGCGCGUAGCUUGCACGCUCAUGUACAUGUUUCGUCGGUGUGUGGGGCGGCGGCCGGGGCUGGCGAGUUCCUCGUCAUGGCGCGAAGAAGACUCGGCAGGUACUCCCUAGUCUGUGCGCCCAGGAUAGAUGACUGGACAGAACUCGUCAAGAAAAGGAACGCUGACGGCACAGCGCAUUGCUUGCUGCAGCAUUAGGACUGUGCCAAACUCGACGGUUGGGUUCAAAUGCUGUGUUGUGAUUGGUUGACAUCAGUGAUGAUGAAAAAGACACUUGAAGGAUUUGGAUGUUUCUCUUUGUAGAAUCAGCGUGUAGUCUUCAGCAAAUUGUUAUAAGCUGUAG